AUUCCAUUGUAUUUAUCGUUCCAUAUCUUUUGAGUUGCAUUGGGAACAAAUGAGAAUGCAUCUUGGGCCUCAAGUUUAAUUAUUUUGCUUGUAGUUGUUCAAGGCAAGGUCGAAAUGUUAAUUACUUGGCUAAACCGUUAAGUCUUAUGGAUUUUCCGUUACUUUAACAGUGCGUAUAGCACCAGUCAAUGCGUAGACGUGCUAAUUGAGACGACAGGUAAAAGUAGGAAACCCGCCAAAGCACGUGAACUUUUCUCACACCUCGCACUCGAGAUCGUCACGGGAACAGGUCUUCAGAGAUGCAAUCGAAAGCGUAGAAACAUAAACGGCCUAACGCUCGACCGGAGAGCACGAGACGAGCGCACAAAAUGAACAUAAUGGGCUUGCUCUUAACAUUGCUGCUGGUGCUGGACGCUGUGCAGGCAAUGGAUGCUAAUUUGACCACUUGGCGACAGCAUCGCAGACAGAAGCGUUUCCUGAUCUACGAGGACGGUGGCAUUAUAAAGCUGGUAACCGGCAUCGCAUUUCCCGUGGACUUGGGCGAAAAGCACGCCUGGCGUCAGCUGGUCUGCCUGAUGAACUUUCACUAUCAAUUCCCAGAGCCAACUUCUCCUGUCUACUGGUGGAGGCUAUGGAGUCAUGACAAAGGUCGCAGAGAUCACAGAGAUCACAGUUACCUUAAGGGUCCCCUUAAAUUAACCAAAGAGCAGCUGCGGCAGCAGAAGGCCUCGCAGCCCACCCAAGUGGAUGCAGCUCAACAGUUUCUAUACGAGCUCGCCUUGAAGUACAUGAAUCAACGUGGCCAAGAUGGCCAGGCCUGCCUGCAGCGCCUGAUUUGCGAGAACGGACAGGUCCACGAGCACAAUGGGCUCUAUGCGCAGCUGCUGCACCGAUUGCUCAUGCCCCACAGAUCUCUGCCUGAACAUUAUCUGGAUGCCUACAGCAUGGGCAGGCACGGCAUCAACUGUCGCCAGGCAUUUCCCACAGCUGUGCACUGCGUAUUGGAUGAUUAUGUGCAUGUCCAUGAACGCGGCCUGACGCAGAGCUAUGUGUAGGCUAGUAA